AUAAAGACGCUUCAGAUAUGUUCUAUAUACGUUUGCUGGUAUCAAUGUAAAUCCGCCUUGUUUCACGUUUGAUAGUUUGAUGUUGUUGAAAUGUUCGUUUGAUAGUUUGAUAUUGUUGAAAAGUUCGUUUGAUAGUUUGAUGUUGUUGAAUUUUUCGUUUGAUAUUGUUAAAAUGUUCGUUUGAUAUUGUUAAAAUGUUCGUUUGAUAUUGUUAAAAUGUUCGUUUGAUAUUGUUGAAAUGUUCGUUUGAUAUUGUUGAAAUGUUUUUAACGUUAUUGAACGUAUGGCAUUUCAGACUGAAACUGCGUCUGAUGCUGCUUUGCUAUCGUCGUCGUCGGAAGAUGAUGAACAACCUAUUACAACAUCAACACCAGUCAAGCAACCUACCCCUGUCCAAGCAGCACAGUUUGUAAGUUUUGUACACCAUAUUUGCUCUAAUGGAAUUCUCAAACCAAUGUAUGAUUAAAAUUAAAGAAAUUUAACACUGAAAAUAAACCUCUUUUUGAUUGUACAGUUGCCAAGUACACCUGGUGCCCUCGACACAAGUGCCAGCAGCAUUGAAGUUGGUUUCAUCGACGAAAGCUAUCAGCUUGAGUCGACCAUUACCCCCACAUCAUCAUCUUCGUCAUCAGAAGAUGAAGGUGGAAAAGACUGGCAUGAGAAGGUUAUUGUCAAUGAAUCUAGCCUAAUGUCACUAUUUAAAUUCUGCCAGAUGUGUGGGAAACCAAUUUCUUCGAAGGACAUCUUUGAUAAUGGGGCACAGAGAAAAGUAAAAUGGACUUGUCUUGGGGGCCAUUCGGGGACUUGGACAUCUUCACCUGAUGUUAGAGGAAUGCCACAGGUGAAUCUCCUUUCUGCAGCAGCUGUUUUGUUCAAGGGUGGAACAUACACGGAACUGUCAGACUGGUGCACAACCAUGAGCAUCCAAAUGAUUUCACAAACGACAUUUUAUACCAUUCAGAACGCAUACUUGCAUCCCGCUAUUGAGAACUUGUAUGAGGAGAGAAGAAAUUAAGUUUUGGCUAGAGUUUAUUUGGAACAGGAGGAUGGGAAGCGCCCACACUUGGCGGGCGAUGGCCAAUGUGACUCGCCAGGUUUCAACGCAAAAUAUUGUCACUAUACAUUUAUGCUAGACGAUACAAAGGAGAUAAUCCACACGGAGCUGGUGCAGUGUACAGAGGCCACCAGCUCUGGAGCCAUGGAGCCAUUAGGUUUUAGAAGGGGACUGACAGAGCUUCUAGACUUGGGCCUUGAGGUGGAGGUGAUGACAACGGACCGCUCGUCAUCAAUAAGGAAGAUAAUGAGGGAACAAUAUCCUAAUAUCCAGCACGAAUUCGACAUCUGGCACACAGCCAAAGGUUUCCGGAAUAAAAUACUGACGAAAGGGAAAAAAAAGGACACUGCAAUCCUUCUCGCAUGGACCAGGUCUAUCGUAAACCACAUGUGGUAUACCUGUGCCACAAGUAAGGGGAACAUAGAGGCACUGCAAAACCGUUGGAAAUCAAUUAUACACCAUGUUUGCUGUCACGGUAACAAAAGAGGACCAAAGGCAGACAGACUUGGCCGACACCGCGGCGUUCAAAGGCAGGCUGUGACCGGCUGUGGCAGCAGCGACGGGCUCGAGAGAGAGAGAGGAGAAAUACUGGAGCGCCUGAGUUGCCAAGGCUCUUUCCACACACCUCCUCAGCAGAGUAACUGUACAGAGAGCAGACUGGGUAACACACAGGAGAAACUGCUUAUCACAGAUAUUUACAAAGACUCGACUCGACUGGACAGGACAGGAGCACGGCUCCGUAUCUAA